AUGUACACUUCAAUACCGCUGUCUGCAGCCCAAAGAAUAGAGAUUGACGUUUUUUGUGAUGCUUCCACAAAAGCCGUAGGUGCGGUAGCAUACCUCAAACUCACAAAUGAGGACGGACACAGCGAAGUGGGAUUCCUCCUCGGCAAAGCACGUUUAGCUCCUAAACCAGACAUCACCAUACCCCGACUUGAACUCUGUGCAGCAGUCCUGGCCGUGGAAGUAGCAGAGUUGGUUCUAGAGGAGCUGGAUGUCACAGUCGAUCAGGUGAAUCUUUACACAGACUCAAAGGUAGUGCUUGGGUACAUCUCAAACACCAAGAGACGCUUUCACGUUUAUGUGCACAACAGAGUCGAACGCAUCAGGCGCUUUGCACAAACUCACCAGUGGCAUUACGUGCCCACACACUUAAAUCCGGCAGACCAUGCCACACGAGCGUUGCCCGCUGAGCAGCUCUCCAGCUCCACCUGGCUCAGAGGCCCAGCUUUCCUCUCCAGGUUGGACCAAAGUCAAGUUCGAAGUCAAACCUUCGAUCUCAUAGACCCAGAGACUGACUGUGAGUUGCGUCCUGAGGUAACAACUUGCACUACCACCCUAUCAAAAGGCCAGUUUAAUAGUGCCAGAUUUGAAAGGUUUUCAAGUUGGAAGGUGCUGCAAAAGGCUAUUGCCAAACUCCAACAUAUAGCUCAAUCAUUCAAGAACAACUCUGAGGUUUCCUGUCGUGGCUGGCACAACUGCAACAAACAUUUAACUGAAAAGUCACUGCAACUAGCCAAGACCACGAUCAUUCGCACCGUUCAAAGAGAGGUCUUCGCAGAAGAUAUUGGAUGCAUUGAAAAAGGCACAGCUCUAAAAAACUCAAGUCCACUCAGCAAACUGAAUCCAUUUGUUGACACGCAAGGGCUCCUUAAAGUUGGAGGCCGACUAAAGAAAGCACAGUUGUCUGCAGAAGAAACCAAUCCCAUACUCGUCCCUGGAAAGCAUCAUCUUGCUCAGCUCAUAAUAAGACACUUUCACGAAAAAUUAUGUCACCAGGGAAGGCAUUUCACGGAGGGAGCAGUCAGAGCAGGGGGCUUUUGGAUUGUGGGAGGAAAAAGAGCAGUAAGCAGUGUGAUUUUCAAGUGCAUCACAUGCCGCAAAUUAAGGGGCAGGCAACCUGAACAGAUAAUGGCUGAACUUCCUGAGGACAGGCUGUCCACGGACCCUCCUUUCACAAAUGUAGGCCUUGAUGUGUUCGGUCCCUGGUCCGUUACAGUGAGAAAAACGCGUGGUGCUAAUGCAGAUGCUAAAAGAUGGGCAGUCAUAUUCACCUGCAUGAGUACACGUGCAAUUCAUAUUGAAGUGAUUGAGUCAAUGGACACAUCGUCAUUCAUUAAUGCACUGCGUCGUUUCUUUGCCAUCCGAGGUGGUGCCAAACUCUUGAGAUCUGAUUGUGGGACAAAUUUUGUGAGUGCCUGCAAAGAGCUCCAAAUAGACAAACUAGGCUGUCACAAUGACAAAAUAGGCACAUUCUUGAAAGACAGUGCGUGCAAAUGGCAGUUUAAUCCUCCACAUGCAUCCCAUAUGGCUGGUUCCUGGGAACGCAUGAUCGGCGUCACCCGAAAAAUCCUCAAUGCAAUGCUCCUUGAACAUCCAUAUGGGAAGCUCACACAUGAAGUACUCGUGACAUUGUUAGCUGAAGUCACCGCAAUUGUAAAUGCACGCCCGCUAACGGCUGUUUCUACAGAUCCCGAAAACCCAGUCAUUCUUACUCCUGCGAUGCUACUCACGCAAAAGGUUGGCACACCACCGAUUCCACCAGGGCAGUUUCAGACCAGUGACCUAUUCAAAGCCCAAUGGAAGCGCGUGCAGUACUUAGCUAAUGUUUUCUGGAGUCGUUGGCAGAAAGAAUACAUCGCAGGCUUGCAGGUUCGUCGCAAGUGGAAAAUAAAAAAGCCGAACCUUCAAAUGGGCGACGUUGUUUUAAUGAGGGAGUCUCUGGAACAUAGGAAUAAUUGGCCACUCGGACUGAUCACAAAAUCUUUCCCAAGUGAGGACGGUAAUGUCAGAAAAGUUGAGGUUAAGAUUUGCCGAAACGGCGAGAAUAGGUUUUACAUUCGCCCAAUUCGUGAAGUUGUGCUUUUGAUGUCUAAGGAUAGCAUGUAAAACGAGUUGUUGUUUUGUAUCGUUCAUUAGUUAAGGGCUGACAUCUUGCAGAUGUCAGGCGGGGAGUGUUAUGUCCUCUGGUCUUAUGUUGACUACUUUUUGGGUUUCUUUCUAAGAUUGUAUAUUGUUCAUCCGUCCACAGGAUGUCGCUAUUGUAACUCAGAAUCUUAAGUUUUUCUUUGGUAUUGCUGUUUGCGCUCGGCUUCCCCUAGUGGCGAUUUGCUGUAAGCAGCAGGCAGAAAGAACUUUUUAUUUCAGUUGGAAAAGAGGCCUUGAGGUGUUAAGACGUUACACACCUCCUCUGCACCAUACAUCGUUGGGAACCCUUGACAAAACAAAAUCUUUUUACCACACACACACACACACGCACACACGUUGACACAAAGAAAUAAAUGAGAGGA